AUGCAGGCCAAGUCGGGCAGCAGCAGUAGCAGCAACAACAACAAUUGCAACCAAAACAAAGAUGCUGCUGCGCUCCUGACACUGAAACCCGCAACACAAGGCCAAUCGACGAAAUCAGGCCACGCACACGAAUUCCGGCACGGUGGCGACGAUGACGAUGGCGAUGGCGAUGACGUAGCGAUGCUUCCGGCAAACGGCCUACCCACAGCAAAAGGCCGGCCGGCUUCCCCAGGCCCACAAUAACGCCCAUACCCAGGCAGCUCCUCUUCAGAAGCACAGAGAAAAGUGCACUCAAUCCUGCACAGGGAGAAAAUGGAAGUAGCUUUAACCUUUAAUCAUUAU